AUGGCGGGUGGGACCCCUUAGAAUGUACAAGACUGAGUCAACUAAACAUAACGAGGUGAGGUGGACCCCUCUUUUAGAAUUAGCAAAUGUAUAAUAAAAUGAAACAUACAUUUACACAGUAAUCUUCAAAAAUACAUUAUCACAUGAAUGUAGUCGUGAGUGUUUCACACAUUUCAGUUUACCCUCUGAUUCUGAACAGCUCUUCUGUCAGGUGUCAAAGAAUGGGGGAAAUAAUUUCAGCUGUCAUAUUUUGACAAUCAUUAUUAUAGUGGCCAGCGUGAAGUUAACAUCGAGAUAUUUCGUAAAACUGCCAUCUUUCUUGUUGUUCAUGCCAGGGGUGAUGGAGCAGGUUAAUGACCCUUUGACCAUGGUGUCGGAGUCUACUCCAGACACCGUCAGACGGCAGCGGCGCAGGGAGCUGGACGCUCGGCGGAGUAAGUCUCGUGUGCGUCUGGGGUCAUGCCUGCAGAGCUGGGGUCAGCUGAAGAACCACCUGGGAUUCUCUCUGCACUCUGAGCUCGCCAACUACCUACUGCAGAGGUAAGGCCUCAGACGAGAAUGGGCUGGUGGUGGCACUGGUAACAAACAGCAUACAGUCGUCAUGGCUCAUCUUUAUUACACAACUAUAACAUUGGAGUAAUAUGAUGUUGGCUAUUAUUCAGUUUGCUAAAUGUAUUCCCCCUCUCUUCUCUUCAGCUAUUUUUCUAAAGUGUGUGCCAAAUGCUCAGGUAAAGACAUUUUCCCAUGACAUACAGUUUUCAGUUUCAUUAAUGUGAAUAUGUAUGUCCAAAGCCUGUGUUUUUUGUAUGAUGAUGUAAACAUGUGUUUGGUCUUGGUCCACUAGACAGUAUGAAGGGGGACAAGGCUGUCUUGGUGACAUCAAGAGAAUCUCUGCAUCGCUUUGUCCUAUUGGUCCACACUCACGGGCAACAGUGCCCCUUCCCACCCACUCUCCAGUCUGACACUGCCAGAGAGAAGCAGGCAGCUGACACAGAGGAGAGACAGUCAAAGGGAGAGACAGUGAAGCAGAGAACAGGCCCAAUGCAUUUACCACCUCAGACAGGUGUGAAGGACUGUAGCUCUCCAGAGGAGGGCCUCUCCCCAUGUGCUCAGGGGAAGGAAAUGAGAGAACCCUCGGAUGUGUUAGAGGCAGAACUGUGUCUGCGCUAUGUUUGUGAGGGAGGGCAUCUGCUUUCAUGGCAACCUAGUCAGAAUGGCUGUGAUGACGAGAAGGGGGCAGGAGAGAGGGAAGGAGAGACUGUGGAGGGGGAUAUUACCCCUGCAGGUCCAACUAGGUCCAAAGGGAGGAGAGGAGCUAUGGAGCCCAAGAAGGAGAGUGUCACAGGGAUGGGUCAUCUUACUGUGAGGAGGACUAGGGGUCGUGGUGGAGCAAGGUCUGUGGUGACCCAAGAGGAGGCACAGCAGCCAGGAGAGGAGAUGAUGGACCUGACAACCAUAACCUCUGGAGAGAGCAACUCAAGAGGUUCAUUAAGAAAUAUUAUUUUGAAUUUCCUGAUUAGUUCUGAAAUGCCAGUGUUGACUCAACAUCACUAUGUUGUUUGGUCACAUCCAGAAAAUGAGAAUACACAGGAAGUGUCAGUGGCAGGAAGUAACACAUUGCCAGCAGAGUCCUUGCAGUCAUUGGAGGAUUGGUAAAGUUGAAUAGUUUGCUUCAUGCACAACUCCUUGGAUGAAUUUGUUGUUGAAAUCAUAAUCAACCCAACCUCAUGGUGAUCUAAUUUGAUAUUUUCAUAGGCGGCUGCCUAUGGAAUGUGAUGAUCAUGAUGAUGAUAAAGAGCACAACCCCGACAACAUCACUGGAGAGAAGGAUGACCCUUCACCCGGCAGGUUUUAAUUGCACAGUUUAAUCAUCUAAGAAGGAAAUAAAAUGUGAAUGAACAUGUUGGAAAAAUUAAUGACCACUUUAUUGAACUUCAUAGUGAUGUAAUUGUAGCACACGAGAACCUGAAGGGGGACACAGAGUAAAGCAGUUCAGUCAGAGGCAGAGAGGCUGCGUUUACACAGGCAGCCCAAUUCUGAUCUUUUUUUCACUAAUUGAUCUUUUGACCAAUCAGAUCAGCUCUGAUCAGAUUUGAAAAGAUCUUUGUGAUUGGUCAAAAGGCCAAUUAGUGGAAAAAAGAUCAGAAUAGGGCUGCCAGUGUAAACACAGCCAGAGAGAGAUACAGUAAGUCGGGGACAAGGAGAGGUGGCUUUUGAUAGCAACGGGUGGCUUUUGAUAGUAUUUUCUCACACUUCCUUAAUUUGCCAGAUUGAAUUAUAUGAUUAAAACGAUUAAAUGGAUAUUCAAGUAAAAGAUUAUUGAGAUGAAAGUCAUGAAAGCGAACAUGGUUAAAAGGAUUCCUAUUACCACAUACUGUGCAAUAAAUGUAAUACAUUUUCUUUCAUUUGAUUUGGAUUUUAUAGACCGGAGCCAGCCGACAAUGUUUCUCAGAUUGUCAGCAAAAAGAAAAGGUUUGUGCAUUAUCACAUAAAAGUUAUUGUCUAGAUUACUGUUUAUUACUAAUUUAUGUAUUUCUCACUUGUAUAUUUCCAUCUGUUUACUGUUUACUGUUCAUCCUAAUUUAAUGUUCCCAGAAAAACAACACCCAAAGCAAUCUUGCCUUGUGAGUUUGACGGCUGUGGGAAGAUCUUCUCCUCUCGGCAGUACCUCAAUGUGAGUUCACCAGUAUAGCUGAAGAUGACCUCUUACAAUCUACUUAUUAAGGUAAAAUACACAAAACUCCAUUAUAUCUUAUCUCACCCUUAAUGAAGCAUCAUAUGAAGUACCAGCACUUCCACCAGAGGACGUUCACCUGCUCUCACACUCCCUGUGGGAAGUCCUUCAACUUCAAGAAGCACCUGAAAGAGCAUGAGAAACUGCACAGCAGUGAGGCGUAACAUUUCACUUCUAGGAUUCUUCAUUAUCAUCCUUUGCUUCUGCUCAUCAUGCUGAAAUAAUGAUUGUCUGAGUAGCUAUUUGUAGGGACUUGUGUUUCUUCAGUCGUAUAGUCAGGAAGAACUCAGGGCCCUAACUGUUUGAUAUAAAGUACAGAGCAACCACAUAUGCUCUGAACCUGGUACUGUAUGUAAUCACUCGUUCUGGCUUUUGUGUAUUGAGACCAGAGGGACUUCAUCUGUGAGUUCUGUGCCCGGGCGUUCCGCACCAACAGCCACCUUCUCAUCCACCGCCGCAUCCACACCGGAGAGAAACCUAUACAGUGAGUAUUCUCUGGCAUACUGUUUGUCGAGAGUAGUAACACUAUUAUUAGGACUUCUACUAUGGAUCCUGUAUAUAUUAUAUAACACUCUUUCUGUACAUCUGUAGUGAUCCUUAUGAGUGUUCAUCCCUCGUCCUCUCUCCCUCUCUACCAGGUGUGAGGUGUGUGGCUUCACCUGCCGCCAGAAGGCCUCUCUCAACUGGCACAUGAAGAAGCACAACGCUGAGAGCAGUUACCAGUUCCCCUGUGAGGUCUGCGGCCGGCGCUUUGAGAAGAGUUACAACCUGACCGCUCACCACCGCAAAAGUCACCCUGACCCUGACUAGACCUUGAGCCUCACCAUCACCACCAUCCCCAACACUGACUCACGCUCCUUCCCUGUCCCUGCACUGCAAUGACCACACCACCACAGGCACAGCAACAGACGACUGCUUUAUCCUUGGCGUGACAUGAAACAAUGAUGCUGUGUUUUGCCCAAUGUUUACACCUGUAGAAAGUGUAUGCAGCCAGCCAAUGGCUUGGCAGGGUCACUCUAUUGACUGUAAAUAAUGCCCCCUUUGGUCUUUUGUGACCCAAAUGGCCAGCAGGUCAGUGGCUCCUAUGCAGUCCAUGGACAAUGUUCAUACUGAAUACAAGCAGUCACCCCUUCGUCCCUGUGUGUGUUUUUGUUACAUGACCCAAUGUUUUUUUGUAAAGAAGGGUAAUGAUUGAGAAGACCAUCUUUGGGUGUUGCUUUUGUAUAAAUCUAUUACUAUAUAGCUUUAUUUAUGAGGAAGGUACAGUAUGUCAAAGGGAAGGAAGGGGGGAAAUAAAAC